AUGAGAAAAACCAAUCAUUCCUUGCUUCAUUUACUCCUCACCCUAACUCUUUUAUUGGGCUCUACAAAACCAGACCCAGACCCACUACAAGAUUACUGCAUCGCCGAUACAGCCGAGCCUUCUUACAUGAAUGGUGCACCCUGCAUCAACCCCAACUUUGCAGCUCCUUCCCAUUUCACCACAUCAGUGCUAUCCGAGCCAGGUAACACAAAAGCCACUCCUCUCGGCUUCAGCGUCAAACUCACCAACAUCACUAAUUUGCCAGGGCUAAACACCAUGGGCAUGACCAUGGCCAGGGUUGACCUAGACGCACAUGGCCUCGUGCCACUCCACUCUCAUCCACGGGCCUCAGAAGUGACCAUUUGCCUCCAGGGUACCCUCCUUGUGGGCUUUGUUAAUACAAGUAAUUACCUGUUUACGCAACGGUUAAGGCCUGGUGAUUCAUUUGUGUUUCCAAAAGGUUUGAUUCAUUUUCUAUAUAACGAGGAGACAAUGGGCCCAGCAGUAGCUAUGUCUGGGCUCAAUAGCCAAAAUCCUGGAGCCCAACUAUCUGCUGUUGCCGCUUUCACGUCAAAGCCUUCUAUACCUGAUGAAGUUUUGAAGAAAUCAUUUCAAAUUACUGGCCAAGAUGUCAUGAGAAUCCGCAAAAACCUUGGAGGAUAA